ACUCACUCCAUCUCUUUCUUUCUCAUUCUUUGCUUGCAUGUUUCGCCUUGUUCUUAUUCAACUUCACUACUCCACCCCCACUAUCAUCUUCUUCUUCUUCCUUGAAACCCAUCAAAAACCCACUUCCAUUUUCUCUCUAAAGCUCCCUUCUUCACUUACAUUCUUCCUCCUCCAAUCGCCAUGCGUUUACUCUUCUUACAUUCCCUCUUUCCCCUCAUUAUCCUCUUCCCUUUCACCUCCCAAAACCCUCAUCCCCCAAGAUGGACAUUGAUUGAUUGCGGUGCAACAACUUCAUCAAUAAUCGGUGAUCGGCAUUGGCUACCGGACACAAAUUAUAUCUCCUAUGGAACACCCAAAACCCUAGAAACGAUUGUGAAUGAUGUUACUUUAUCAACCGUCCGAACAUUUCCUUUGAGUGGAAACGUUAACAGAAAGUUUUGCUAUCAAGUCCCGGUUUUCCGCUCGGCUAAGUAUCUUGUCCGUACCACCUACUUCUAUGGAGGAAACAGAUCGCCGCCGGUGUUUGAUCAGAUGGUUGACGGGACAUUUUGGAGUCCGGUGAAUACGACAGACGAUUUCAUGAAUGGUUUGGCUUCUUAUUAUGAGGGGAUUUUUGUUGCUGGCGGGAAGAAUAUGAGUGUCUGUAUUGCUGCAAAUAGUUUUACGGAUGCUGACCCGUUCAUUUCAGCUUUAGAGCUAGUGAUUUUGGAGAAUUCAUUGUACAAUUCUACAGAUUUUUCUAAGUAUGGUUUGAGAUUGGUGGCUAGACAUAGUUUUGGGUAUAAUGGGUCCAUCAUAAGGUUUCCUGACGAUCUAUAUGACCGAUUCUGGGAGCCAUUCGGGCAAAGUAAUAAUCCGAUCUCAACAUUCAGAAAUGUUUCAGUCUCCGGUUUCUGGAACCUACCUCCAUUGAAGGUGUUUCAGACAGAUAUGAAAAAAAACAAAUCAAGCCCAAUGGAGCUGUUAUGGCCACCAAUGAGUCUCCCUAAAUCGACAUACUAUAUGUCACUUUAUUUUGCAGAAGAUCACGGUUCAUCUGAAGAAAACCCGAGAAUGUUCUCUGUGACAGUCAAUAACGUUGUCUACUACCAGAAUCUAAAUGUAACUCAAGCAGGUGUAAUGGUAUUUGCAAAUCAGUGGCCACUAAAUGGGGUCACAAAAAUAACUUUAACUCCUCCAGCUGGCUCAAAUGUUAUUCCUUUGAUUAAUGCUGGAGAAGUUUUUGAAGUGCUUCCUGUAGGAGGAAGAACUCUCACACGAGAUGUUGCUGCUUUGGAACGUAUAAAGAAGAGUCUCGAUAACCCGCCAGUUGAUUGGAAUGGUGAUCCUUGUUUACCUCUUGACUAUAGAUGGUCUGGAGUUACAUGCUCUAAUGGACCAUCCGAAAGGAUGCGUGUGAAGUCACUAAACCUUACUAAUAUGGGUCUCUCGGGAUCUCUUUCACCCAGUCUUGCGAAUUUGACAGCAAUAAGCGACAUAUGGCUUGGAAACAACAGUUUGUCAGGAGCAAUUCCAAAUCUGAGUCCAUUGAAGUUCUUAAAGACUCUCCAUUUGGAAUUCAAUCGGCUUAAUGGAGAGAUUCCACCUUCACUUGGGGAUAUUAGGAUUCUGAGUGAACUUUUUUUGCAGGGUAACAACUUAACAGGUCAAGUUCCAAGGAAACUAAAAGAAAAAUCCGGGUUGGAGUUAAGGAUUUCUCCUGGAAACCAAUGAUCGUAUCGCCACCACCUUCAUGAUCUAGUUCCGCCACUUAUACUCACAACGCAAGACUCACAACGCAAGACGAAUAACAUGAUAAUGUUGGUUUUAGUAGAUGUGCUUGACUCAACUGUAUACAUAUACAUACCUACAUUCAUUCCAUUUCUGUUGCUUCUUUGUACAAGUGAUGUAAAUUUGUUCCUAUUGUAUUUUUACAUUAAAGAUAAUAAGAUUUACUUAGAGCUUGUUUGAUGA